GCCACAAAGGUGUCUGAGAUUAUUCGUCUAUAUCUGUCGCUUUCGUCGGCUGAGCUGUCCAGAAACCUCCAAAAUGCUCCGAUUCUUGGUCGUGGCGGUUCUUCUCGUUGGGAGCCAUGCUCAGGGUGAGGUGGACCCCAAACUGGACAUGUAUGGCAUCAUCAACGUCCUAUACCUGAAGGCGGACAAAGACACGAACGGGAUGAUCUCGGAACCGGAACUAGAGGACGUGUACCACGGGUUCGACACAAAUGGCGAUGGGCAUGUGACCAAGACGGAGUUCGUGACGCUGUGGCAAUCAAUAACGCACCAGAAUCAGGAGCACGCCGAGGCUUUCUUCUACCUGGCUGAUCUCAAUGAUGACAACAUUAUUGACGAUAAGGACUUGAACCCCUUAUAUAAUGUAUUCGACACAGACGGAGACGGUCAGGUAACUGCAAACGAGUUCGCAACAAAAUGGAUGGGGAUUAUUUUGGAAGCCCCACUCGCCGUCCUGUUUGAGAGAUCUGACGUCAACAAAGACAACAUACUCUCACACAACGAAUUUUCAAAGUUUUUCUCUUCUUUUGACACCAACGGAGAUCACGCGGUCACACGAGCUGAAUUCGAACACGGCUGGGUAUCUUCCAAUUUUGGGACCACGCCAGAAGCCGAUACGUUUUUCUCCGGUUUGGAUACGAAUCAUGACGGACGCAUCACAGCGUCACGGGAUCUGAAUGCAAGAUUUACCGCCCUUGAUAUAAACCAUGAUCAUCAUCUUAUCAUUUUGGAGGUUGUGAAGAUGGCUGCACUUUUACCCAAACCAUCCUUACAAGGGUGAUAGAACUUGAUAAUCUUGAAAAUACAAGAAAAAAGUUUCGUAAUUACGAGACAAAAUACAUGUAUAAAUAUUGGUCAUGUGAUAUCUUUCUAUAUAAAGCUCUCCUCUCUC